AUGAGGAGUUGCUGCUCUCCUUCUUCUCUCUGUGGGAUUUCUAGAGCGGCGUGGAGGCACGCGUUGGCCGGCACUCUGAGUCUGAGCGGCAACCACCACCACCAGCGCAGCCUGCGAUACCUCCCCCUCAGGCCUCCGACGCCGCCCAUUGCCCUUAGCCUUGCUGAGCGCUUAUUCUCUUCCUCCUCCUCCUCCAAGCGCACCACCAAGAGAUCCGCCACGAAGAAGGGCGCCCCGAUGGACUCUGCCAGCGGCGAACCGUUCUAUGUCGUCCGCAAGGGCGACGUCAUCGGCAUCUACAAGAACCUCGCCGACUGCCAAGCGCAAGUCAGCAAUUCGGUCUGUGAUCCUUCUGUGACUGUGUACAAAGGCUAUUCCUUGCGUAAAGAUACAGAGGAGUAUCUUGCUGCGCGUGGGUUAAAGAAUGCUAUGUAUUCCAUUAAUGCAGCAGACGCAAAAGAUGAAUUGUUUGAUGAUCUGGCUCCCUGCCCUUUCCAGCAACCGGAUGGUAAUGCAACCUCUACUCUGAAAAGGCUACAAGAGACGGAAACCGGACCGUCGAAGAAGCAUCCCAAAGUUGCUGAACAGGAACCAUUACCUGACAGCCAUCUGUCCUGUAUUCUUGAAUUUGAUGGUGCUUGUAAAGGAAAUCCUGGGAAAUCAGGUGCCGGUGUAGUAGUAAGGCGGCCUGAUGGAUCUCUGAUUGCUCAUCUACGUGAGGGUUUGGGUGUUGUAACAAAUAACGCUGCUGAGUAUCGUGCAUUGCUCUUGGGCCUGAGAUAUGCUGCUAAGAAGGGAUUCAAGUAUAUUCGUGCCCAAGGAGAUUCGAAGCUUGUCUGUUACCAGGUUCAAGAUAUCUGGCGUGUUAAGCAUGAUAAUAUGGCUGACUUGUGCAAGCAAGUCAAGGAACUGAAGAGAAGUUUUAUUCAGUUCCAGCUCAACCAUGUUUUGAGGGAAUUUAAUGCCGAUGCUGAUGCCCAAGCUAACUUUGCUGUUGAGCUUCCUGUUGGUGAAAUUCAAGAGCAGUCAAACUUCCCAUGCUAGUGGUUGUGCUUCAUACCAGUCUGUGUAUGGCUCCACUUUUUUCAGCGACUGAAGCUAUGUAACAUUUGCUUGUUUCACGUUGACAGAAACAAGAGUGACCGAGGCGGAUUUGGGAUGUUUGGAUAAAAAGUCCAAGCCGAGGAAACGUGUGUAGAUUUUUGGAUGGUGUGGAGCUAGCUUGAGUAACAUAGCACUAGUCUCUACCAGCUUAUGAUAUUACGUGGACUCGAUACUGUAGUAGCGAAAUGAAUUGAUGCUGCCCCUGCUAAGGGAAAUAUG